UAUUAUUGGAAACGCGCGGACAGAUGGCGCAGGUUCCGUAAAGCAACAUCGUCCGCCAUGCCAAGUGGUUCAGUGUUAACAUCAUGAUGUGGCAUAAUGUUGUAAGUUAGUGCCGUAUAGAAGCCGGCAACGGCAGUUUUUCGUUAUGUAAAAUAUAAAUGCCGCUUCCUCGUUCAUCGACAGUUUCGUAUAACCGUAGAGACGCACCGAUACGUGCGUUUUCGUCGUCGUAGCUCGUUCGCUACAUUACGUAUUUUCAUCGUACCGACUUUUGUUUUUUUUUCGCUGUGGCAACAACGCGAUAAACACGAUGAUGGAACCAGGAGUACUACCAGAACUUGAGGAAUUGACCCUCUGCAGUUUUUGCAAGCAGAAGUUCAAUGACUCGGAUCUUUGCCCAAAGUUCCUAAGUUGCAAACACUACUUCUGCCUCAAAUGUAUCCAAACUGCACUAAUGAAAGGCCGCGAGUUGUACUGUGUUCACUGCUGGAAGCGUACCGAGCUCGGUGAACAAGGGGCAGACACUCUGCAAACGUACAGUGCAGUUCUGACGCUUGCAAAGAACUUCACAGCCCUGAAGAUUGGUCCAGGAGCUGGUGGAGGGAACAAACCUCCAGACAAAGACCGCAAGAUGUUGCCAAGUGAGAACUGCCAUACACAUGGAAUGCCAUUGGCACUGUGGUGCCACACGUGUUGUGCUGCCAUUUGUCGAGCGUGCGCAACACAGCAGGAGCAUCCAGGUCAUCAGGUGAAAUCUCAGGGGGAAGCCAAAGAACAACUUGUUUCGGAGGUUCAGUUAGAGCUGGUUGCAAUGAGUAAAAUGCUGUCUGAAAUCCAACGUUUGGCAAUGCAGCAACGAGACUUCUUGCUGAAGGUCCUGGAGGCUUGUGUCACUCUCAAGACACAUGUUGAGACAGAUCUUCAAAAUGGUUGGAGCCAUGUACCAGAAGUGACAGAGGCACGUGAGACACUGAGCAAGGCUCGGGCUGGCCUUGCUGGUGUAGAUGGCCCUGGUGAUGCUCAUGUUCUCUAUUCAUCUCUCUCUCUGGAAAAGCAGCGACUUCAAGGAAAGUAUCAAGAGAUGUACCUGCAGUGUCAGCUGGAUGACCUGAUCGGCAAUUCUGGAGUGGUGUUUGACUUUGCCCUGCUGAAACAGGCUCUGGCUAAUAUCCAUUCUGGAGAGCCCCCUGCACCACAGGCUGGUCCAGGUCGUCAUCCCCACCAUGUGGCUGCUGCUCAGAAUCCUAUCCUCUUCCUGGCCAACUACUGCAUGUCACAGUUGUACUCACGACAUGUAUUGACAAAGCAGCAACAUCAUUUGCAGCAGAAUGGAACUGUGGAAUAUCACCAUACUCCAGUGCAUCAAAUGCCUCAUCACCUUGUCACUCCACCACAUCCUCCACCACCUCAACACAUUGUUGUUGCUGCUGCUCCUGCUCCCUCAUCUGUUGCCAACAAACCCCCACCUGCCCUUCCUCCUCCAGUCCAUCAUGCACAACCACCACCUCCUCCCCCAUAUGGACAAGAACCAGGAGUUGUAGCAGUCCAAGUUCAGUCUCCUCCCCAAGCAGUCAUGGCCAUCAAUGUCCGUAGCCCUGCAAACCCAUGCCCACUCUACUUCUUCAACAUCGAUGUCAAUGGCUCACCUCAUGGACGUAUUGUCAUUGAAGUUUGUCCCGAUGCUGCUCCAAAGAUGGCCAAGAACUUUGGUGUGCUCUGUACAGGUGAGAUGGGUGUCAGCUACAAGGGCUGUGCUGUGUUCCAAUGUUGGGAAGGAGAAUCAGUCAUCACAGGAGAUUUUGAGCUCAACAAUGGACGAGGUGGAAGAUCCAUCUACGAGGAUGGCUACUUUAUGCCCGACGACACUAAAUUCCCUGCAGUGCGUGGUGCUGUGGGAAUGAGGCGCACUCAGAAGCGCCAUGACAACCUGGGAAUGGUUGGUUCCCAAUUUCGCAUAAUUUUGCAGGAGAUGAGAGGCUUCACUGGCAUCUUUGGUCAUGUUGUCGAAGGCCUUGAUCUGGUAGAGAAGAUAUCAACGUUUGGGGACCAGACGGGUAAACCGACCAAGACUAUUGUCAUUACAAAAUGUGGCAAACUCUAAGAAAGGUUUUACAACAGUUGGACUCUAGGUUUGCUGUAUUCUGGUGAAGUCACUGAAGUAUCCAUAUUUUUUUCUUUCUUUUUCCCACGGAAGUAUGGGAACACAGCAUUCAUACAGUUGUAAUUGGGAAUACGUGAUGAUCAUGCAAAAUAUUUGACUGUAAAGUAAUGUACUGUUGGCUAAAGUGAUCUGUUAACAGUUCGUCAUAUACAUUAUAGCAAUGUAAAGAGAACGGACAUUUGUAAGGCCCAGAAUUGGCAUAACAAAUAGGGCAUUCAUUAGCAAGCAUCUUGGUUAGGUGCAAGUACAACUUACAUUAGACAGAUAAAAAUAUUCUUGUGCUGGUAUAAGCAAAUAUGAUUGUUUAAUUUAGAGAGAUUUGCUCUUUUACCAUGAUGCAUAAUGACAUUUUUGUAAGGGAUUAAAGUGUUAAUAGGGAUUUGUGUGUCCUCUUUGUGCAUGUUUCUAGCGGUUGAUCUCAAAAUGUGAAAUCAUAAGGCCUAACUAGGUAGAAAAAAUGGCUAACCAAUGCAUCUAUAUGUAUGCAUAAGAAAACAUAGAAUAACUAUGUUUUUAUUCGUCAGUUACAUUAUUUUGUUCGUUAUUCUUCCCUCCAAUUUUCGAAAGAUUUUGGAGAUCCGUUUUUGACGAUCGAUAUCGAAGCGUAAAUGUUCUCGCAUCCAUUCCUUCUCUUGAUCGAAAUAGUAAUUGUGUAAUGCCGAAUAAUCGUUCGUCCACCCGCAUUCUUGAUCAUUAACCAGUGUUUGUUAACUUUGAUCGAGUAGUCUAGAAGAAAGGUCCGGUGCAUCUUUAUAUUGUUGCCUGGUAAUCGUCGUUUCGGAAUCGUUAUCAUAAGCAUUAGUUUAUUUUUAGAUCGAGGGGUAGAUGUGUCAUGGUUUCAUUAAAUAUGUGUGUAACAUACCAUUAGUGUAAGCCUUACAGUAGUCUGUUUUAUAGAUAUCGAAAUACGGAAUUGUCACUGUUCGUUGGGCAUCUCUUCUUUGGGACUAAGAAAUGUUGCUGUAAACAUUUUUCUAUGAAAGCACUAUUUGCAGUUGGUUCCACCAUUUGUAUUUUUUCUUUUGACAACUACUGUCGUAAUUUAUGUAAGCUUUAGUUUAUUUUAGAGGGGCAUAGUUUGAGGUUCCAUAUAAAUGUGGUUCUAUUUGUUGUGGAGCCUGUAAGCUUCAGUUUCUUUUACAAUGACCGUUUAGUGUCAUGGUUCCCCCAUAUAACAUGUCUUCAAGUACUGUAUGCACUUCAAAAAUAAUGUGUUCUAAUGAUAGAAGUUCAUGUAUGUGCAUUGCAUAUUCCUUAGUUUGUGAAGUCUGGGACCGGCAACCUAAUAUCAUUUCACUGUUUCAAAGGAUGGGUGCACAUCACUGCACUUUAUGUUAAGUUUGAUGAGGUGAUACUCCGACUGCAGUAUUAAUAGUCUUUAAAAUACUUACUGCUAAAAGAAGAGCUUUGACAUUGUACUAUAUUUUUGAUGUUCACACCAAAGUGGGAUUACUUACAUAUAUUCAAACACAAAAUUAGCGACAAAGAUGUGGUCGCAAUGAUGACUGUUUUCUUUUUAUUCUUUUUAAGCAAGUCAAGACGUGUUAAGUUUUAGGAUAGCAUACAUAAUGAUUGAUACUGGGUUGCCUUCCUGCUAUUGAAGCAAAAUUGUCAGUUAAAAACAGUCGGAAAACCAUCCUUGUUUGUGCCUUAUAAUCUUAGCUGCAAAUGCUUCCCUAGUUUUAUGAACGUGGUGUUAAAAUGUGUAGCUCAUAGCUAGUUUAAACACGAAUUAUAAUGGUAAAAAAACAGUAAAUCUUGUUAACGUCCAGAAAAGCAUAAAUACGUUUGUGUACCUUAUGCAAUUUAAAAUAGUAUGUAUGCUGACAGUUAAUCGGAAAAAUGCAGUUUCAUCAAGCUCCUAGUACUUAAAAAUGUAGCAAGCCUUUUUUGUCCCUUUGAAACUUCUCUCUCCAUCUCCCUGUGGGCAUUAGAUUAGGGUACCGUACACUAUGCCACAUGACAAAUUGAAACGAGCAAAUUGGCAGGGACACAUUCCAUUGUCGCUCCAAGCGAUUGAAACGAAUCUUGAGAGACAAUGUUAAGCCAAUACUAUACUGUAUUGUCGAUGAAUAAUUUUAGAGAGAGAAAAUCAUUGGAUCAUCAUCUUGCGAUAAUAUCAUUCAUUGUUGCACUGAGGAAGUGCCUUAAAAAUUUGUGAUAAAACUCGUGUAGCGCCGUUCGAUGGGAAAUAUAUGCAAAAUUAAAAAAAAUGAAUUUGUUUGUUUAAUAAUAUAUCUAAAACAAUUCACCUGUCCUAUCUUUCCUCUUGUUUGUCAUCUUUAUUGUUAAUUAUCAAUAUCUUACUUGACUCUCUGAAAGAAUUUGUCUUUGCAUACAAAAGAAAUAAAUUACUGUGCCUAUAUUUUGUCUGCAGUAGCAAAGACUUUGGAAAUAUGGAAUUGCAUCAUUACAAAAUGUAUCUCUAAAGUGCAGUCACUAAUCAAGGAGCUUCAAAAAUAUAAAGCUAUAAAUUUUGUAAAUGGUAUUAAUGGCAACAAAAAUUCAGUGAUUACUGCUUUGGAAAUGUAUCAAUACUUUGUAAAUAUGUUGGUCUGAAAGUACAUAUCUGCCAUAUGUCUUAUAGUUUCCCAGAACUGUUACAGACUUAACUUUGAUUUUGUAUACAUUUCUUGAUUUGUGAAUGAAACAUUACUUUGCAUCAGGUGAAAGCGAUAGUUAAUACUUGUGGAUCCUAAGUAUGAGUAAAAUGGCUGAGAAACAAGAAAAUUCUAUGAUGGUAAAACAAAAGCUUGGGUUAAUUGAAAAAUAUGAGACUGGAGAAUCAGUGACUUUAGCCAUAUAUGGGAUAGGAUGAAAACCAUUUGUGACAGACAACAAAAUGAAGUUUGGAAGGUGUUAUGAUAGUGGUGCUGGACCUUCCAACUGUAGCAGUAUGAAAAAGUCUUCAUAAACAGAGGUGGGUUUUGCCCUUCUCCAGUGAUUUAACCAGAAGUGAGCAGAAGGAACAUCAGUCUCUGGUCCCAUGUGUGCAAGAAACCCAAAUUUCUUAUGAAGCUUUGGGAUUAAAUGUUACUUCAAUGCCUCUGUUGGAUGGCUGACCACAUUUAAGCAACAAUAUGGUAUUCAUGAAACUGCUGCACAGAGAGAGACUUAAUGCCAAUUAUACUGAAGUUUGAUGCUAUAUAGGACAUAUCUUGGUCAGUCUUCUAUGAAUCCAGUAACACUGGUUUGAUUGUAGAAGAAACUUCUUCCAGACCGAAACAUGAUUUGAAGGGUUUUCUUAAUAACGGAAUCGGCAAAUCUGAAAUUCAUAUAGUGUGUCAUGAGAAGUUUUAAAAAUGUUGAUGAAGACACUGACGAAUGGCUACAAAGAGUUGCGUGUAAACUGGGCUUCCAGUGUAUGGACAGUGUCAAGGGAGAAGAAGGGGGUAGAUAAAAGUGAAGGAGAAAGUAGUGAGUUCAUCAUAGUGUGGUGCUACAGUGUCCUGAAACUCUACUAGACUACAUGGGUCAGAGAUGGUUUAAAUACAGUGACAUCACAUCUACUAGUAACAUUUGUAUUGCCAUGAGGAGUCUAAAACAGUUCACAAAAACAAGUAACCAUUACAAAUUACUUCCCAAAAUAAAUGUCAGUUAUGCAAAGAAAUAUAAUUUGUGUAGGUUUGUAAAUGCACCAAACAAAAUAUUUUUGACUAACCAUGUUUUUUGGAUACUUGUGCAAGUUCUCCCCUUCAUUAGUUUAGAUAAUUGGGAAUUUACUGUAAUAAAAAAAUAUACAGUG